ACGACGUUUUUACUUCCUGGUUGGCGAGAUGUAAGAAAAUGUCGAAGUGUUGGUCGUUUCUGUUUCUCGCUGCUUCAUGGUUUUGUUUUAAGACAGACUCGGUGGCAGGUAUCUGCUCACCACCUAUGUAUGGUUUGGGUUGUAAUUACACGUGUCACUGCAAUACUGUAAACUGCCAUGCCGUCACAGGUUGUUCUGGCGGCUGUGAUGGAGGAUGGCAUGGAUCAAACUGCAACAAAGAAAAUAUAGCUUUAAAAAAACAUACAAGUCAGAGUUCCUACUUUAGUGAGUGGUGGAAAAAUUCCUCGCUUGCUGUAGAUGGAAGUCUUGUCCAAGGUAGCGGGGCGGAAUACUGUAUGUUUACAGAACCCGGUCAUCCAUACACAUGGUGGCAGGUGGACCUGGAUAAAGAAUAUUACAUACACAAGUUAGCGGUCCACUUCAGAAAAUGGCGUAAGUAGAGUCGGUCCGUGAAAAAAAAAAAAAAA